AUUUCGUCCAAAGAUUCAACGGUCCAAAGGAGGUGCGCAGGUUCACGAAGUGGCCAAUUUUGUAAGCCCAACGAUCCUGUUCCACUUCACAAAUCAACUACUUUUGAGCGUCGAGUUGGCUGGGAUGGGCAAAGUUUCGCACAACCAGCAAGAUUCAUAGCAUAGCUUGCAGUCGGAAGGCAAAGCGGCACAAUCUGUCACCUUUGAACGAACAAGCAACGAUGAGCACCACCACUGGAGAAGCCGUAGAAGUUACCGUCCGGUCCAGGGCGUCAAGAGGAGCCUAUGACAUGACGGAUAUUUCCUCCAGCAGUGAGGGACCCCGACCAGCAAUGCCGGAAUCACAGCAGAGCAUUCUUUCGGGGGUGCCCUCGCAGACGUCGUAUGGCGAUAUGAGCGAACAAGACAGGGAGCUCAAUAAUUUUGCAUUGGCCAUGACUACAAAAGUUCUAUUCUUUAUUGCAUGUGCCAUGUUUCUGUGGGUAUCAAUUGAUGACUUGUACUGGGCAGACGAAGCACAAACCAUUCCGCAAACAGUGCUGGAAGCGGACGAUGAUGCGACGUGGCGAGAGUUUCGAGUUCGUCAAAGGAGUGGACAAGUUGGAAGCACCAACGUCAUUUCCACUUUCGAUGCCGAUACCGAUGCCGAUGCCGAUACCGAUGCCAUUGGAUCUGGAUAUGUACGUACUGGCAAGACGCAAAACGACGAGGAAGACGAAGACGAGAUUACAUGGUCGGACCUGCGCAACAUGGGUGGUGGGUUAAGAAGGCAUAUGCGUGUCAAAGGCGGAAAAGAUAGAACCCAGUCCACAAGACGAGCACAAGAUGGUGACUUUGGAUUUCACACUCCGUGGUCAGAUCUGAGUUUUACGAAGCAGAUUGCUGCUGCCACGUUGGGUCAUGAUGAAAACUCUUGGAACAUCGGGUUGCCAACAUUUGCAGAUUUGAUCAAGUGGGACGACCUGACACCAGAUCAACGUGAGGCUGCUCAGGCACUUGGCUAUGACCAGUACCUAUGGGAUAUGCUAAGAGGCUUUGUACCUCCCAGAACGGCAGCUCCUUCGAAUGCGGGUAGUUUCCCCGAGGCUGCUUCUGAACACUUGGCGUGGUCGUCGCUACCGUUCUCCAAGCAAAUUGCCGCAGCCACGUUAGGGUAUGAUGAAGAAUCUUGGAACAAUGGUAGCCCUACGCUUACAGACACCACCAGAUGGGAUGACCUUACGUAUGAGCAACGUGAUGCAGCAUUGUCUUUGGGGUACAAUCAGUACCUCUGGGACAUGCUUCGAGGUUUCGUUCCAGCAAGAACGGCUUCGCCCUUUGACUCGCCACAGCCAGCGACACCAAUGCCUACCCGCAGUCCAUCAGCUCGUCCAACUUCAAAGCCAGACUGGGGAUCCAUGUUUUGGUCAAAUCUUCCACAAGACAUCCGUGCAGCAGCCAUCGUGCUGGGAUACAACGAGGCUGUGUGGAACAAUGGAGAGCGAACCGGCACGGACGAUUUGUUUUGGGAUCAGCUAACACCAGAGCAGCAAGUGGCAGCGACAUUGAUCGGUUACACCAAAGAAACAUGGGACGUUUACGCUGAUCCAAACGUUGAUGCAGGUGCUAGUACACAGCCAAUCUCUACAGGCGCACCCUCCCUUCCUCCAUCCACUCCGGCACCGGUACCAGCUCCGCUUCCAACGACAGCAACGCCAACACCUGCCCCAGUAACGACAAGCACUCAAGCACCAGUUCCGGCAACGACGACGCCUGUUCCGUCCACGGCCCCACCUGUUCCAGCAAGCACUCGUGCACCAGCCCCCACAUCCACAUCGGCAACCAGAGACUUGGCCCCGGGUGAAACAUGGCGUUCGUACCUGUGGCAUGAGCUGCCCAGUGAGAUUAGGGGCGGGGCCAUAGCUUUGGGCUUCACAGAAGAGCUUUGGAACGGCGGUGCAAAAGUUGCGACUGACCAGUACUUUUGGGGUGAGCUAUCAGCUGCUCAGCAAGAGGCUGCAAACAUACUAUUUGGUUACACAGAGACUACAUGGGACGCCAGUGAUGGCAAAUGGCAAAAGAUUCCCUGGGACCAACUCCCGCCCGAAAUUCAGAGCCACGCGGCUGUCCUUGGCUUUGAUGAGGAUCUUUGGGAGUCAGGUGCCAACAUCGACACGAAGAGUUAUGGAUGGGACGAAUUGUCAGGUAUGCAGCAAGAGGCCGCAUUCAGGAUUUUUGGUUUGACGGCAGAGAGUUGGAUGUCAGCAGGUCUCAAAGAGGAGGAGGGCGACGAAUCACGAGUUGCAAGCGUCAAGAACGAAGGUGGUGGUCGAGGGGGCGGACGUGGGGGCGCCGAUGAUGACUAUGUUUUCAGCGUCGAAAAGGGGGAUGACGACGUUUGGGUUUCAAAAUAUCAAAUCGUCUACUUCGUUGGUUCCCUUUGUUUCGCCGUCGUUGGCAUAUUGGAUAUGGUUCGCGAAGAGAGACCAUAUCAUAUUCUGAUGAUAUUGGCUGGAGCAUUCAGUGCACUUGCAUCCAUGUUUGUCGAAACCAACCUUACGACUACCAACAUCUUCCAUUGCUUCUCGAUGCAUUUCUUUGUCUUCGAGGGGCUCACAAGGUUCUUCUAUCGUCCUGCCCUUCGAGCUCUCCUUCCAGGCCCCUGCAAGAAUGCUCUGUGGAUGGCAGACAUAUGCUUUGUUACCGGGGCUGCAAUGGAAGCCAUUCUUUCCUACUUCUUCUUCAGCAAGGAUGAUGCACGAGAGAACUUGCAUAUAGCACGAGCAGAUUCGUUCGCAGCAUUGUUGUUCUUCAUGAGCGCAUCGAUUUACGUUGCAAUAACACCGGUGGUCUUCCUGAGGAACACAAAGCACAAGCCCUAUCGAUGAAACUUACGAUAGACAAGCUCUACAAGUACCGGUACCUGUAAAGAUACAAUACAUAAUGUACAGAUUCAUUUGCUC